AUGUAUGAUGCAGCUCAGAUUGCGCCUCAUACAACCAAGCUGCAGGCCGAAAAGAUCCAUGAAGUUAUUUCUUCGGAGGAUCCACAACGCAAACUGAGUGAAUAUUAUGCGGUUGCGCCAAAUAGUUACAUGUUCAUCCGAAAAGUCGGCGAGCUGGAUGAGGACAAAAUGAAAGGCUUUUCUUCCGAGAAACAAUGGGAAAAGAAAGUCUAUUCCUGGCCAUGGGUAAAGGCGGUUGUUGAUCGGAUGGUUCCCGAGCGUCACACAAGAGCCCAUUACAUACUAACAAGGCUUCUAAAAGAAUCAAACUCGCCACUAACAAAAGAGUGGUUUUAUAUACAACGAUUGACGGUGGGUUUGGCCAGUUUUAUCACCGUUGUCAUCCUGUGCGUUUUCUUACACUACAAUGCCAUUCAUCAAAUUAUGACGAACCCAACAGCUGGACAACAAAAUGUGAUGGGGACGUUAUCAGGCGACGAACUACUAGAUGCGAAUCGAAGAACAGCAGCUGACAACGAUAUAAUAAACUAUUUCAAGGAGGUGGACGUAAAUUUCAGGGAACUGAAGGAUCAGUCUAGGGAGGACCUGGUUCAGAUCAUUCAGUCCAAGACCGGCAUAAACAUGAACGCAGCUGAGCUUGAACAGGCAACGGAGCGGAUCCUUACAAAAAUGGAAUCGAUUCAGAGCGAGUAUUUCAAAUGGUGGGAGUUAUUAAUAGCUAUCGGAGUUGCGAUUAUCGCCUAUUACAUACCGCUAUGGAUUCUCUUAUUUAAGCGGCGCAUGCGGGCGAUGGAGAUGCAAAAUGAGGUGGAUCAGUUCCAUACGUUAAUUUCAAUCCUCAUGCAGUUCGAUCGGAUGUCGGUAGAUACCGUACUGGAAUGGAUGGAACGCUUCAGCGUCAUCUUCAAGACACCUUUACGCCGAGCUGUACUGAACUAUGAAAGUGGCGCAGAGCAAGCAUUGCAGGCUUUGCGGGAAGAAGCACCUUUUGAAUCCUUUGAGCGGAUCGUCAAACGCUUAAUCCGUGCCAGUGAAAAAGUCUCGGUUGCGGAAUCAUUUGCUGACCUAGAAAUGGAGCAAGAAUACUAUGCGAAGGAUAAAGAGGAUAAGCUUACCCGACUAAUUUCGCAAAAAGCAAUCUUGGGCCAAGCCAUAGGCUUUGUUCCAACAACAAUACUGAUCUUCUUAUACUUAGUUUUCCCAAUGCUCUACAUGACAUUACAGAGCAUGUCAUCCGUUAACCAAAUUUUA